AUGAUGGGAACGAUGGGGAAAAUGGCGGCUCUGGCCGCCGAUCCCAGGGAGGAUUCUUUUCGGAAACUCUUCCGUUUCUACCGGCAGUGCCGCCCUGGGACCGCCGAUCUGCGAGGAGUGAUCGACUUCACCCAAGCCCUUCCUGCACCAGGUUGCAGCCACGGUACCCACAAGGUGUUCAGAUCUCCACUAAGUGUAUCCUCGGUCAGUGAGCAAGAUGCGUGUAGAGCAGGACUUCAACCAGUCAGCAAGUGGAAAGCGUAUGGCUUGGAAGGCUAUCCAGGAUUUAUUUUUAUCCCAAACCCCUUCCUCCCGGGAUAUCAGCGUCACUGGGUGAAACAGUGCCUUAAGCUUUACUCCAGGAAACCCAAUGUCUGUAACCUGGACAAGCAUAUGGUUCCAGAAGAGACCAGGGAUCUGUGGGGUCAGAGCCAAGAGCUCCUGAGAAAUAAAGAUGUGAAUAAAAAGAGACCUCGAAGUUUGCUAGAAAAACUACGUUGGGUGACCCUGGGCUACCAUUACAACUGGGACAAUAAGACAUAUUCUGCCGACCACUACACACCUUUCCCCCCGGACCUGGCUUACCUCUCAGAACAAGUGGCUGCUGCGUGUGGGUUUCAGGGCUUCCAAGCAGAGGCUGGAAUCCUCAAUUACUAUCGAUUAGAUUCCACAUUGGGGAUCCAUGUCGACAGAUCAGAACUAGAUCACUCCAAGCCCCUCCUGUCCUUUAGCUUUGGACAGUCGGCCAUCUUUCUUCUGGGUGGCCUCAAAAGAGACGAAGUCCCCACAGCCAUGUUUAUGCAUAGUGGAGACAUCAUGGUGAUGUCAGGAUUCAGCCGUCUAUUGAACCACGCUGUCCCACGAGUCCUCCCAAAUUUUGAUGGGACAAGCCUGCCUCUUUGCCUGGAGAUACCACUCCCAGAUGCCUUACCUGCAGGUUCAGUUGCAGAACCCUGUUCUUUGGAGGACUGGCAAGUGUGUGCCAACUAUCUACAAACAGCUCGGGUUAACAUGACUGUGCGGCAAGUGCUGGCCCCUGGCCAAGACUGGGAGGAAAGAGAAACAGAGACCACAAGCGAAAAUGCUUGCCACCUUGACAAUAAAAAUAAUGAAGCAAAGCGGCCCAGGAUGAACCCUAACAGUUGAGAUUUGGGUGACCCAAAUACUUAGGCAGGUCCUAUAAUCUACUGUCACAGUUGAUAUUGCCAUGAGCCUCAUCUGGAGGAGCCGGCUCAUGUGAAGUUUUCACUAGAAAAAACAAACAGAAGAGUUCCUCAUUGAUUGCACUAAGACUGUGAAAACCUUUCUGGAAAAAACAAAAACACAACAGCCUGGUUUAUCACUUUUAUGAAGAAUUCACUCAUUCUUAUCCCAGUAAGACUUGACACAUGAUACAUAUCCCAUACCAGCUUGCAAGCUUGCCUCAGUUGUCCAUGGAGAUAUAAAAUACUCAAAAAACAGGAUUCCCUUCAGGGCUGGUCCUUUGCCAACAUUUCUAAUGAUGAACUUUCAUGUCUCUGGGUUUUUUAGAUGUCACAGGCUUAGAUGAACAUUAAUUGUUAAGAGAGAGAUUCAUCUGCUCUCUCUAGGAAACCACUGAGAAAAAUCUGAUCCUCUACCACCCUUCAUGCCAUCUUCUUACCUCUUUAGAUUAUGCCUUGAUUCCCCUUCAGUCUCUGCACUCCUGUCCUGGUUUUUCAAAGGAAAAUGGUGCACACACCAAACAGUGAAGUUGUAAAUCUUAUCCUUCAAAAAAAAGAAAUGAAUCAGGAGCUAUCUUUCUUGCCCAGCAGAUAAAUAUGUUUAAUCCAAAUAAAGGAAACAGCAGGUUUUUUAAAACAUUUUCUUUAGGACUCCCAACUCUUCUCUAUCAGCUUUUUAAAUGCAGUUUUAAUUGUCGGAGUCAAAUUCCAAGUCCCAGGGUGUUCUGUCACUAUUUUCUCCAGGAAUAAACUGACUCUGUUUUAAAUUAAAGAUCACUAUCUGUCUUGAAGAGUU